AUCUGAAAGAUUAUGAAGUAGUAGUGGUAGUGAAAAACCAAGACCUCAAUAUCCCCCCAAUGCUCAGAUUCUUCGGCCGUUCUCCAUAGGCCUCUUCUCUUCCUCAAACCUCUCCCAACCCCACCCCAUUACCACCAAACUCCAUAACUUUGAUCUCAACUCAAAUAAAGGAAGAAUCUUUACGAAUUCCGAAACCGAGAAAUUAGUUCCACUUCGAGUUCAGACGAAACCCAGAAAGAGAGAAAGGAGGGAAUCAUGAAAAGGGAGCAUCCGAAUCAGAAUAAUCGUCUUCCCAGUAAUAGUAAUAAUCUAGGAGGAGCUCGUUCUGACCCUUCAAUGGAUCCCAGCUCAAGUGGCGCCGGUGUUGGAGGAUUUGCGGCUGGGAAAGCUGCUAAGAUGUGGGAUGAAGACGACUGUUGCGGUACCCAACCAGACGGUGGCAUGGAUGAGCUUUUAGCUGUUUUGGGUUACAAGGUCAGGUCAUCUGACAUGGCGGAAGUUGCCCAGAAGCUUGAGCAGCUUGAAGAAGCUAUGUGUAGUGUUCAACAAGAUAAUCUUUCGCAACUGGCUUCUGAUACAGUUCAUUAUAACCCUUCUGAUCUGUCGACAUGGCUUGAGAGUAUGCUCACGGAGCUGAAUCCACCGCCAAAUUUUGACUCGGUAAUGGUACCGCCUCUCCCUUUGGGACCAGCAGCGCGACAGCAGCGACAAUCGAUUGAAGAUUCGUUCUUGGCUCCGGCGGAAUCCUCCACCAUCACUUCUAUUGAUUUCCCAGAUCAGAGAAAUCAGAGCUCGUUAAUGUUUGAGGAUUCUUCUUCUUCGGAUUACGAUCUCAAAGCUAUUCCAGGGAAAGCGAUUUACAGCCAAACCCAGUUCGAAGCUUCUUCGUCUAGGGAGUCAAAGCGACUCAAACCCUCAUCUGACCCUUUCACAACAACAACCACCACCACCACCACCACCACAACUUCCUCGGUUGCCGGGGCUUACAGUAACGACGUCGUAUCGGCCACGGCCGCAGCGGCCGAUUCAAGUCGGUCCGUUGUCCUAGUAGACUCGCAAGAGAACGGAAUCCGACUUGUCCACGCUUUAAUGGCCUGCGCCGAAGCUGUACAGCAAAACAAUCUCAACAUCGCCGAUGCUUUAGUGAAGCAGAUCAACUACCUUGCCAUGUCCCAAGCUGGCGCCAUGAGAAAGGUUGCCACUUUCUUCGCCCAAGCCUUGGCCCGAAGAAUCUUCAGGCUCUAUCCGGAAAACCCACUCGACCAUUCCCUCUCCGAAUUUCUGCAGAUGCACUUUUACGAGACCUGUCCGUACCUUAAAUUCGCCCACUUUACUGCCAACCAAGCCAUUCUCGAAGCUUUUCAGGGCAAGAAGCGAGUUCACGUCAUUGAUUUCUCCAUGAAUCAGGGGAUGCAAUGGCCGGCUUUGAUGCAGGCCCUGGCUCUAAGGCCCGGCGGUCCACCGGCCUUCCGUCUCACCGGAAUCGGUCCUCCAGCGCCGGACAACUCCGACCAUCUCCAAGAAGUGGGCUGGAAGUUGGCCCAAUUGGCGGAAACGAUCCACGUCGAGUUUGAGUACAGAGGGUUCGUGGCAAACAGUUUAGCCGAUCUCGACGCGUCCAUGCUCGAACUCAGGCCGAGCGAGGUCGAGGCGGUGGCGGUCAACUCAGUGUUUGAGCUUCACAAGCUUCUCGCUCGUCCGGGAGCCAUAGAAAAGGUUUUAUCUGUAGUUAAACAAAUGAAGCCGGAGAUCGUUACCAUUGUCGAGCAAGAGGCUAACCAUAACGGACCGCUAUUCGUCGACCGGUUCACGGAGGCGCUUCACUAUUACUCGACCCUGUUCGACUCGCUAGAGGGAUCGGUCAACGACCAAGACAAAAUCAUGUCAGAGGUCUACCUGGGAAAGCAGAUAGCCAACGUGGUCGCCUGCGAAGGACCCGACCGAGUCGAGCGCCACGAAACGCUGACUCAGUGGCGAACUCGGAUGGAAUCGUCCGGGUUCGCCCCGGCCCAUCUCGGAUCCAACGCGUUCAAACAAGCCAGUAUGUUGUUAGCCCUCUUCGCCGGCGGCGAUGGCUAUCGAGUCGAGGAGAACAACGGGUGCCUCAUGUUGGGUUGGCACACUCGACCGCUCAUAGCCACUUCCGCCUGGCAACUCGCCGGGCAAAGACUCGGAGUGGCUCACUGAGUCAGAUAACGAGUCGGGCCGGGUUUUCACCCGAUUCCAGUUUUUUUUCUUAGCCCCACGCUGGUCUGGUGGUGGGGUUUUGUUUGUUUAACAGGAAAUGUGCUAUUCUGAGCUGGGUGCCUUGCUGAGACUAAGGCCCACAAAACAAGACCCAUAGUUUUACCUUUUUUUUUUUUUUUUUUUGAGUUAUUAUUUUUUUUAGGUAAUUUUUUAGGAGUUUUCUUUUUUCUUUUCUUUUUUGGGUUGGAUGAAAUCUUUUUGUAAUUUUCUUCAUGAAUCGAAAAAAAAAUGCCUAUGUUUAUUGAUGUUUAUAUAACUAUUAUCAUAUAGUCUUUGUAAUAAUAAAAAGAUUUAGUUUUUUUUUUU